UGUUAUUAAUUUGACAGCAACAGCAGGUUGUGUAAGAAAGGACGCACGUGAGCUCAUCAGUCUCUUCAUCAUAUACAUUAAACAAUUGGAAAUGUCUAGCCUGUCAGCAGCCAGUGUGGAGGCUUCACCAGCAAUAGAGAGCACAGAGCAGAAGAAACCUCUGAAACCAUGCUGUGCGUGUCCUGAGACCAAGAAAGCACGAGAUGCCUGCAUAAUUGAAAAAGGAGAAGAAUGCUGCACAGGUCUCAUCGAAGCACACAAGGAGUGCAUGAGGGCGCUUGGUUUUAAGAUAUAAUACCACCAUCAUGUUCAAAUUGAGUGAAUGUGUCAGCCUGUGUGAAUUGGGACCUGGUGUGCUCAUUUAUUUAUAUUUUUACACUGGAGGGAAGAUUAUACAGGGUGAAUUUGUUCCUCUGAGGGAAAUGUUGUCCGUCUUUUCUUUCUCUUUCUUUCAUAUGUGCUUUACAUACGUUUAUGGUCAAUAAAGAUUCUAUGCAAGACGUU